CAACUUCAAAUACAAGCUUCAAAGUGCAACUUUGGAGAUCAACUGCAUACUCAACUACGUGAUCGUCUAAUUUCUGGGAUCAAUAUUCCUAAGUUAGAGAAAGAAUUAAUUCAGAUUCCUUCCUGUACCUUUCAAACUGCUAAAGAUUUAUGUAUUACAUAUGAAGAUGUCAACAGUGAAUACUCUGCUCCCACUACGUCAGUAUCUGAUGUCAUGCUGUCCAAAGUCGAAAAUACAAGUGUUCAUGGAAAGCAAUCCAAACUGUCGUCCACAUGUAAUAAAUAAAAUGCAGCGAGAGAUCAAAAACAUUAGACCGUGUUUUUCAUGUGGAAAGAUUCAUCUACCAAGCACUUGCCAUUUUCGUGGGGGUAAGUGUCAUAAAUGUGGUAAAGUUGGACACAUCAAGUCUGUUUGCAGAAGUUCGAAUAGUUAUGUCACUCAGAAUUCUUAUAAUUCUCCCAAUCUGUCUAGUAAAAUGGAGUCAAUGUGUCUUUUAACUUUUCAAAAUACUCAAUCUCAUCCAAUGAAAACCUUCACUACAAGUUCAGCAACUCAAGCGUCAACUGUGUCACGUGUUUUCGAAAAUGAGGUAGCCGAGUUACAAUGCGAACUGUCGAAAACACGAAAAAAGUGAGUGAAAUGGAAGCUGGCUGGUUGUCCAUUCGUCAACAGCUGACUGAGAUGAGAGAGCAACUGAUUAAAAUGGAGGAAUUGCUGCAUAUGCAUAGAUUGCGUCUGUUGAAUGCCGAACAUACAAGUACCCAUGAAAGUCCUGCAAAACUUUUCAAAUCUCGAAUUCUCAGAAAGCAUCUGAUGUACACGACCUCUAAUGUACAUUAUUACAGAGGGAAUGACUAUAGACCUUCUGCUGGAAUCAUACUACAAAAAAUGGGAAAUCGAGUGGUGAAGAUAUUAGACAUCAAAGAUCACUCAGUUCAUAACAGACACCUGGACAAAGUGACAAUAAAUGAAAUAAUUCAGAAAUAAGUCCAGAUGAUACUGAUGAAAAUUAUAUCACAGAAUCGGUUAGAAGGUCGCAGCUACUUGCAAGCAAACCGAGACAUCAUUAUAAAUACGCAAGGAGAUAUUCGACGUGUGGCGGAUGUGGUGA